AUGUCUGAGUCCAAUUCUUUGUCGGAUGUGGCGCUGCCGCUCGAAGCUCUUGGCGCCAGAGCACUUAUCAGAUACGCUUACAAAGUUUUGCAUCAGGUUUCUGGUGAUACAGACAUACCCACAGACAACGGUCACGUCAACAACGCUGACACCAACGACAACAGCUGCAGCGACCCACUCUCCUGCAUGGGCCUACCGCUGCCGGAUGCUGAGCCCAUCGACGCGCAGAGUGGGCGCCGCCUCGUCUACUUUCGGCGGCACGAGAAGCCCGCGCCGAUUAUCGGAGAGAGGCGCCCGCUCUUUCUGCACAUCGUUUUCCACCCGCCAACACCGGCGAAGUCGCUGAGCGCGGCCGCCCUCAAAUGCCUCAGCGCACAUGGCACGCUGCUGGGGUACUCCGACGAUGACACUGAACUGAUUUGGCAUGAACGGGGUGAACUUUUUGCCAGUCGCGUGCCUCUCUCCGCCAUCGCGUCGGUGAAGUGCAUGCGGGCGCUGCGCUGCUUCCACUGUGCGCAUGUCGUACCACGACAGGAGGUCAUUCAGCACCUCGCGAUGCACCUGAAGGGCAGAGGAUGCAGCGUGGGCACAUUCACAGGCCACCAUACGUGGGGCACCGCGUGCGGCGACACCGGCCUGCUUCAGCAGCUGCGCCGCGUGCGCGUCAUCGGCAGCGGCGCGCAGGGAGAGGUGGUGCUCUGCGAAGCCGGCCCCGAGGAGGCGGGGCAGCAGUACGCACUCAAGAGCAUGCGCUGUGAGAGCGAGGAGGUGGCGCGGGGCUUCUACCACCGUGCAGUGCACUGCAUGUCGCUGCGGCACGCGCACCUCGUGGAGUACCUGACGGCGCGUCUGCUGCCGGACGGCAGAACAACGGAAAUCGUCAUGCCGUUCUACAGCGAGGGUGACCUCGCCGAUGCCAUCAGGCGAUUCACAGGGAACCGCUUCGAUGAGAGUUACAUCUGCUCCAUCGCCCUCCAAAUAGCGUCUGCGCUGGGGUUCCUGCACGAACGCAACCCUCCCAUCGUUCACGGCGACAUCAAGGUAGAGAACGUUCUGUUCUUCAACAAGGGUCAACAGGUGGUGCUUACAGACCUCGACACUUGCACGGAGUUAAGCUACCACAAGAGCUCCGUCCACGUGGACCUUGGCACAACCGCGUGGAUGGCCCCAGAGGCGUUGCACAAGCAAGAGAUCAUGCCCGCCUCUGACAUGUGGGCGCUCGGCCUCGUCAUGUACGUGCUGUCCAUUCUUCCCGACUUCCCAAUGAUGAUGAAUCCAAACACCGGCGACAACGAUCUCCUCAACGCUUGCGUGUGGGAAACGUACGAGAACAGUACAACAGCGACAACCUCACCAGAAACAGUAGAAGCAGUUGCGGUGAAAACAACAACACCAAUAACAACAACACCGAUAACAAAAACACCAAUAACAACAACAUCGGCUAUGGGGGCCACAGAUUUCGAUCCUUUUAGUGAUGCACUGCGGGCUGUCGGUGCAUACGGGGGCAGUGAAACAGCUUCUGGUGAUUACGAAUUGAGUUAUCAGAGGUUAUCGAAAAUGCGUCUGGCUGACUGUGUGAAGCUAAACGUAUCUAAAAGAGGAUAUUCGACCGCAUUCGCGCAACUGACGGCUGUCCUUCUUUCAUAUGACCCUGCAAGACGCCCCAACGCAGCAGUAGUAACCGAGAGGCUCACUGAUAUCAUGACAACUCUGUUGGUGACUUAG